AUGCGUCAUCUGCCAGCGCCGAGCCCCCUUGGCUCCACAUCGCCUAGCCCACUGCGCUCUACUACACCGAAUGCUUCCUUGGACAUGUACGAGAUUGAUUCGAUAGAUGGAUCGAGAGUCAGUGAGUCUUUCGGCCGUUCCGAGGAGGAGGCGAGAUUCUCGCAAAUGGGCUCUGUCCCAGUGUCCUUGAACUCGGACUCCGUAGAUCACGUCUCCAGCAUGCACACAUCCAGGAAGUCGAAGUUCGUCUUCAACUCGAGGAACAUCAGCGCACCCAGCUACAACCAGACGACAUCCACAACGUUGAGACAGUGCGAGGCCUUGCUGAACAACCCCACAUUCGAGGCUCUGCUUUGUUUGGUCAUCUUCCUCAAUGCCGUUGUGUUUGCUCUUGAGGCCCAAAACAAGGGCAUGGCCUACGGCCAUAUUGGUUUUGGAGGAGAUUUGCCAGACCUCUUCUGGUCAAACGGAGAUAGUAUCUUCUAUGUCCUGGAGAUGAUCUUCGGGUGUGUCUUCACAGUGGAAGUCGUCCUAAGGCUCAUGGUCCGACAGCACCUCUUCUUCUGCGGAGCCUGGAACUGGCUCGACUUGGUCAUCGUGCUCGUCUGGAUCCUUGGCCAAGCCUUCGAAGAAAGGCUGCCGGUGAACUCGCAGGUGUUGCGCCUCGCAAGAUUGAUUCGGCUUUUCCGAUUGUUGCGGCUGGUGCGUCGGAUACAGCAGUUCGACUCGCUGUACCUCAUGUCCACAGCCAUCCGCAGCAGCUCCGGAAUCCUCGGUUGGACCGCGGCGCUGCUCUUUCUGAUCCAGAUGCUGUUUGCUUUGGUCUUCAACCAGCUCCUUUAUGGCUUUUACUUCUCCGACAGCGUCUCCACUGAUGAGUUCGUGAAGGAUCAACAAGAGAUUGUCUACACCUACUUCGGAACCUUCUCGCGCUCGUUGCUGACGAUGUUCGAGAUCACUCUCGCCAACUGGCCUCCAGUCUGCCGCGUUCUGACCGAGAAUGUAUCCGAGUGGUUUAUGAUAUUCUUCCUGGUCCACAAAGUCACCAUGGGCUUCGCUGUGAUUGGCGUCAUCAACGGCGUGCUAAUGCAGGAGACCUUCAAAGUGGCCUCGUACGACGACACAAUCAUGAUGCGGACGAAGCAGAAAGCCAUGCAAAAUCACAUUCGAAAGAUGCAGCUCCUUUUCGAGGAGGCCGAUACGUCAGAAGAUGGGCGCAUUGACCUGCAGGAGUUCCAGGAGAUCGUGGCGGAUAAUGAGCUCAAAGCCUGGCUCGGGGCCAUGGAGCUGGACAUCCAGGAUGUCGGUGAAGCCUGGGACCUCUUGCAGGACAAUGCCAAAGACAAGAGCGGUGGACUCACUGCAGAGCAGUUGGUACUUGGUGUGGCAAAGCUGCAAGGUACGGCCAAAAGCCUUGACCUUCAGAAAGUUAUAAAAGAGCAGCAGGGCAUGAUGAGAAAGGUGGAGAAGCUGCAGAAAGGAUUUCGGAUUCUUGCCGAGCAAUGUGUACCACCCAGCCCACCUGGAGCGUCCAGAAUCAACAGUGAAACCGAGGAGUUUGUGAGCUUCUAG